AUGGCUAUAUCGGGUCUGCUGCUCUUAGGAUGUUGCUUAAUGUGGCAAGGCACCCAUGACCAAUUGGUCUGCAAGCUGGUGAAAAUUGACUGUCUGGGAAAUCCGGCGCGGAUUAUUAACAUCUCCUGCCAUUUGAAGGCCAUCAAUUGGAACCUGGCAGUGGUGAAGAUGGACACCUUUUUGAUUGUCCCCUUACGGAAACCUGUCAUUCGCUUGCAAGUCUUUAAGAAGGACUACUCCAACCAGUACAAGCCAUUUUUGAUCGAUGUGACCGUCAACAUGUGCGAGAUAAUCGAUAAGAGGAGCUAUAUACCCUAUGGUGUUAUAUUCUGGAAGCUACUGAUAGAGUUCACGAAUGCAAAUCACUCCUGUCCCUUCACGUGCCAACUGACUGCUCGAAAUGGUUACCUGUACACCAGUCUGGUUCCACCUUUUCCCUUGGGCUUCUACCUAGUCAGCAUCUUAUUUACGGAUAUUAGUUCCAGCCCCAGCGAGUACGUAGGCACAGCCAAGUUGUAUGUUCAAGUCAUGGAACAGGUGAAGACCAAGAAGAAGCCCAGGGUGUGA